GCCAUUGUACACCCUACCCAUCACAGUCAUCCAACCGCUACGAAACCGAAAAACGCCUACUGCUGCAUUACAGCGUCACUGCAUCUGUGGAAAAUGCGUACCCGUAACGUGGACGAAGGUGUUCGGACUGAAAUCAUGAUGCGGCUGGCAGAAUGUACAACC